AUGGAUGGCAAUUUUAUGGUGGACAGAACUAACGAAGCGAGAAGUCGCGAAUUAAUCCAGCAAUAUCUACAUAUCCUCGAUGACUCGGCUGAGGGUAAAAUCUACGUGCAAAAGGUUGAGGAUAUGAUUAGUACUGGGACACCGCGGCUAAUUGUAAAUCUCAAUGAUGUUCGUAGGAAAUCUGCGGAACGAGCGUUGGGGUUAGUCCACAAUUUCGUCGAAGAGAUUGUUUGCUUGGAACAAGCUGCUAAGGAGAUCAUUCAGCGCGCAAGUCCAGAUUUUGUGAAAACUAAUGAGGUUCAAGUCGGUUUCGAAGGUAGUUUUGGUGAUCGCCACGUUAAUCCAAGAUCACUCAAAGCGACGUUCCUUGGAAAUCUUGUCUGUUGUGAAGGAAUUGUGACCAAAUGUUCUGCCAUCCGCCCGAAAGUUGUAAAAAGUGUUCAUUAUUGUCCAGCUACUAAGAAAACACUUGAGAAACGCUAUACUGACCUAACCUCUUAUGAAUCAUUUCCAAGCAGCAACGUCUACCCAACUGAGGAUGAAAACAAGAAUCCUCUUGAGACUGAGUUCGGCUUGAGCACUUAUAAGGAUCAUCAGUCUUUCUCCAUACAGGAAUUGCCCGAGUGCGCUCCUGCUGGCCAGCUUCCUCGUUCGGUGGACGUGAUUGCGGACAACGACCUCGCAGAUCUCGUGAAUCCCGGCGACCGUGUGCGCAUUAUUGGACUUUACCGUGUGCUUCCUAACAAACAAAACGGGUACUCAAAUGGUUCGUUCAGAUCCAUUAUUAUAUCGAACAACAUCCAGCUCCUUUCUAAAGAAUCGACACUAGAUUUUGAUCCUGAAGACGUCAGAAAUAUUCGUAAGCUCAGCAAGAAAAAGGAUGUUUUCGAACUCAUUGCCCGAUCACUUGCUCCCUCGAUUUGUGGACAUGACGAGGUGAAGAAGGCUAUUUUAUGUUUGCUUCUCGGAGGAUGUGAGAAAAUCCUUGACAACGGAAGUCGUCUUCGUGGAGACAUCAAUGUCUUGUUGAUCGGGGAUCCCUCUGUUGCUAAGUCACAGCUUCUAAGGUAUGUGCUACAAACUGCUCCAAGAGCUAUUGCCACCACUGGUCGUGGAUCUUCUGGAGUUGGUCUGACGGCAGCUGUAACCACCGAUUCCGACACUGGAGAGAGGCGACUUGAGGCUGGUGCUAUGGUGCUUGCAGAUCGAGGAGUGGUAUGCAUCGAUGAGUUUGAUAAGAUGUCUGAUAUCGAUCGAACAGCAAUUCACGAAGUCAUGGAACAAGGCCGCGUGACCAUCGCUAAGGCAGGAAUCCAUGCUAAAUUGAAUGCUCGAUGUUCUGUGCUUGCUGCUGCCAACCCCGUUUAUGGAAGGUACGACCCAUUCAAAACACCUAUGGAUAACAUCAACAUGCAGGAUUCGCUUCUGUCACGUUUCGACCUCAUCUUUGUAUUGCUAGAUGAGCACGAUCCUGACCGUGACAGUAAAGUAGCUAAUCAUGUUCUCAAACUCCACUGCUAUCGUGCUCCCGGAGAGGAGGAUGGCACCGUACUUCCUAUGGGUGCUGCCGUUGAAACGAUGAGCACCUUUGACUUGAAUGGUGCUGAAAAAAGUAGCGAAAUGUAUGAGAAGAAUUCGGAUUGGGUUGAUGAAUCGCAGAAGGUCUUAUCGGUAGAAUUUGUGAGGAAGUACAUUCACCUGGCUCGAUCUAUGAAGCCGAAACUCACUGAGAGUGCAACCGAGUAUAUUUCCGAUGUCUACUCGGAGAUCAGAUCGUUCGACACGUCGAAAACUGACAGAGAAAGAACUAUGCCAAUCACUGCUCGACAACUAGAAACGCUGAUUCGUCUUGCAACCUCAAUAGCUAAGUCCAGAUUUUCAAAGACCGUUGACAAAGUCGACGCCGAAAAGGCGUACAAUCUGCUGCACUUUGCUUGCUUCAAGGAAAAACCAAAAGCUCGUGUGGAGUAUGAGAAUGCUAAGAAGAAAGGUGUUGAUCACAAAAGUGACGAUGAAAUUGAUGAGGAAGAAGAGAUGGAUCAAACAACAACCUCCACAAUUGCGACUCCAGCACGCAGCUCUCGUAGGCGAGCUCGUGACGCAACCAUUCACAGCCGUGAAUCAUCGCCUUCAGCAUCUCAACAAGCGGCGAAAAGAGCUCGUGCUGAACCGUCCAGUAUUAGCGUUGACAGGUAUAAGCAGUUCCGGUCGUAUGUACGUAAGGCUUUCGAUCAAAUAGGAACUACUGAUGAUAUGAUCGAUCUGGCGAAGAUCACCGAAGGUGUGCAGUCACAGGCGGGCAGCUUGCAGUUCUCGGAUGGUGAAUUGGAGGCCGGAUACGAACGAAUGGCCAGCGACAAUGCGAUUAUGAUCGCCGACAACAAGAUUACUCUUAUCUAA